CUCUUGCCACCCCUUGGUCCGUUGUCUACCUUCAUCGACAAGUUUUACGGCGAACAACUCACCGUCCCUUUCUUUGUUCAUCUUCAUCCAUACGAUUUUGGUUGUAACGACACGUCUUCCCUUCACGACUUUUUGUUGAGUAUCUAGGCUUUUUUAGAAACUCAAUUUUUCACGCAAUCUACAUCUUCUAUCAUUAUUAACGCACAUUUACAAACCGCAGCUAUGUCUCAAUUCGCUAGCUUCUCUGUUCCCCAAAUCAAGAACGAGGUUCCCCAAUCCUACGCCCCCGGCUCUGCCCAACGCGAGGGUCUUUUGAAGGCUUUCAAGGAGCUUGAGGCCGAGCUCCCCGUUGAAAUUCCCCUUAUGAUCAAUGGCAAGGCCGUCACCUCCAGCGAGAUUGGCGAGCAAAUCUGCCCCUUCGAGCACAAGAAGGUCGUUGCCCGCUACAGCCGUGCCCAGCCCGAGCACGUCAAGGCCGCCAUUGAGGGUGCCCUUGCCGCUAAGAGCAAGUGGGAGUCCCUUCACUGGUCUGAGCGUGCUGCCGUCUUCUUGAAGGCUGCUCAUCUCAUCAGCAAGAAGUACCGUUACAAAUUGAUGGCCGCUACCAUGUUGGGUCAGGGUAAGAACGCCUGGCAGGCCGAGAUUGAUGCUGCUAUGGAGAUUUGCGAUUUCUUGCGCUUCAACACAAAGUAUGCCAAUGAGCUUUACAGCCAACAGCCUCCCGAGAACUCCCCCGGUAUCUGGAACCGCAUGGAGUACCGUCCUCUCGAGGGUUUCGUCUAUGCCAUCACUCCCUUCAAUUUCACUGCCAUCGCCGGCAACCUUGUUGCUGCCCCCAUGUUGAUGGGCAAUGUUGUUGUCAUGAAGCCCUCCGACUCCGCUGUGCUGUCCAGCUAUGUUGUCUACCAGAUCUUCCGCGAGGCCGGUCUCCCCGAUGGUGUUCUUCAAUUCAUCCCCGGUAACCCCGUUGACGUUUCCCGCGAGGUCUUCGAUCACUUUGACUUUGCUGCCCUUCACUUCACCGGCAGUACCGCUGUCUUCCGUCAACUUUGGCGCCAAAUUGGUAACAAUGUUGCCGAUGGCAAGUACCGCACCUACCCCAAGAUUGUUGGUGAGACCGGUGGUAAGAACUUCCACCUUGUCCACUCGUCCGCUCACAUUCGCAACGCUGUUGUCUCCACCAUCCGUGCUGCCUUCGAGUACCAAGGCCAAAAGUGUUCUGCCCUUUCCCGUCUUUACGUUUCUCGUUCUGCUUGGGAGAAUGGUUUCCGCGAUGAGUUGGUUCGCGAGACCAAGGCCCUUAAGGUCGGCCAUCCCACUUCGGACAUGGCCAACUUUGUCGGUCCCGUCAUCCACCGUGCCAGCUUUGACAAGCUUAAGGGUGUGUUGAGCCGUGCCGAGGCUGACAGCGAGGUCGAAAUCCUCGUUGGCGGCAAGGCUGACGACAGUGUUGGUUUCUUCGUUGAACCCACUAUUCUUGUCUCUGCCAACCCCAAGCAUGACAUCUUCGUCACCGAGUACUUCGGCCCUGUUGUCUCUGUUUACGUUUAUGAUGAUGACAAGCUUGACGAGGUUUGCGAGGUCAUUGACACUGUUACUCCUUAUGGUUUGACUGGCUCCAUCUUCGCUCAAGACCGUCUCGUCGUCAGCCAGCUUUCUGCCCGUCUCCGCAACGCUGCCGGCAACUUCUACAUUAACGACAAGUGUACCGGUGCCGUUGUCGGUGAGCAACCCUUCGGUGGUGCUCGUGCCAGUGGCACCAACGACAAGGCCGGUAGCGGUAUGAUUCUCAGCCGCUUCGUGUCUCCUCGUGCCAUCAAGGACACUUUCGACUAUGCCGACACUGUUAUUUACCCUUCCAACUUGGCUUAAACGUGGUGAAGCAUAAUGUGAUGAACAUAACGCGAUGAACAUGCUUUGUUAUCUGCUCACAAAAUCCGGUUACAGCCAUCGUCUUCUGGGACUCUGCCUUGGAGUUGAGUCUCGGUCCUCCUAGUCAUUUUCCCUCAUUCUUUUCGACCUGCACGCUUCACCUCAGGUGAAUACCAAAAAAGAAAUGCCGCGGGUGCUGCUCUUGUAGGCAUGCGGCGCAUCUCAUUUACUCCAACUCAACCGCUUGAUCCGUUAAAAAUAGUUUAUAGAAUGAUUUUCCAAGAAA